AUGGCCGCCAAUGAGACGGAGGCGACAGCCAAUCAGAAAUCCGCGUCGGUUAACGAAUUCAUGUCCUGGAGAGACCCGCAAGAUGUCGUCAAGCAAAUCACACCAGCCACCAAACGAGGUGAACUAGACGCCAAUCAAACCAUGCUAAAAGGGCAGAAACACGAGAACAAUGGGAAUAAUGAGGGUUUCGCCACAGUAAAGAAGAACGCAAAAACUCCUGCGCGUCAGUACACCGAAGGGAUUCAUCGCAAAAUCAAGCUGGACGACCAUCCGGACCCAGCAUCAGCGGCCCACAUCCAAGCCACUUACAACCAGAUGGUAAAACACAUAGAUCAGAACUCAAACGUCAGACUUAACAAUCCAAGCCCCGAUCAGACGGCCCAGCCUAUUAUCCUGAGCCUAUGCCCACGAGAUAUUGUGAAGUUGGCAGUUUCCGGGGUAUCACCCCCAAUACGGGGAUCCACCUCCGGAGAAUAA